AUGGUUCGGUCUAUCCUGCUUGUCGCCGCGCUGGCUGGCUUCACCCACCAAACUGCCAUCCCUUGCACCACCAACGCCAAGCUGCCCAGCUUGAAGUUCCGUGACGAUGGAAAGUUUCAGAUAGCCGUCUUUUCAGACUUUCACCUGGCCGAAUCUGCCGCAACCCCCCGCGGGCCCAAGCAAGACAACAAGACGAUCCAAGUCAUGGCCGACGUCCUCGACAAGGACCGCCCAGACCUUGUCGUGCUCAACGGCGAUCUCAUCACCGGAGAAGUCACCCUCAAGGACAACAGCACAGACUACAUCGACCCGCUGGUCGCGCCUCUUGUCGAGCGCAACCUCACAUGGGCCUCGACCUACGGCAACCACGACCACACCUUCUCCCUGUCCGCCGAAAACAUCUUCAACCGCGAGCACGAGUACGUCGGGGCGCGGACGCAGCGCAUGGUCAGGACCGCCGAGGCCGGCGUAUCCAACUACUUCCUGCCCGUAUACGCCCGCUCGUGCAGGGACACCACGGCCUGCGACCCCGAGCUCCUCCUCUGGUUCUUCGACUCCCGCGGAGGCGCGUACUACCAGAGGCCGACGGCGGCGGGAGCGCCCACCCCCCAGCCCAACUGGGUAGACACCACGGUGGUAGAAUGGUUCCAGGGGACGAAUGCCGCGUUCGUCCAGAGGGCAGGCCGCGUGAUCCCCUCGCUCGCGUUCGUUCACAUCCCCCCGAAUGCGACGAGCCACGCGCAGCGCCGAAUCCGCCCCAACCGCAACCCGGGCAUCGACCUCGAGCAGGUGUCGCAGCAGUCGCAGGGGUGGUGCGCAAACGGCACGCAGGACUGGGACAACCCCCGGUGCCGGUAUGGCGGGUUCGACGUGCCGUUUAUGAAGGCCCUGGCCACGACGCCCGGCCUCAUGGGUCUGUUUUACGGGCACGACCACGCGAAUACGUGGUGCUACCGGUGGGACGGGGAAGUGCCGGGGACGGGCAUCGUCGCGAGGGGCAUCAACCUGUGCUAUGGUCAGCAUACUGGCUACGGGGGCUACGGCGACUUUAUCCGGGGCGGGCGUGAGAUUGUGCUGGAUGAGGGGAGGCUGAAGAGGUUCGAGGUUGAUACCUAUAUGAGGCUGGAGGAUGGGAGGACCGUGGGCGCGGUUUCGUUGAACGCGACGUUUAAUCGGGAUUGGUAUCCUGCGACGCCUAACGAUCAGACAAAGCUGGAAUGA